AUGGCUCUUUCCUCGCAUACUUCGGCUCCGUCCUCGCCCUUUCCAGAGACGCCUGUCGCCCUAGCAAGACCCUCCCACGCCGCCGUCCGUUCCACCAACUACGACAACUAUAACACUGCAUUCUCAGAGGAUACUUCUUACAACAGUACCUAUACCUCGGCUUCCCCAUCUGCAUCUCCAUCCCGCUCUCUAUCCUACUCGUCGCGCACCGUCUCGGCCGCCUUUGGAAAGCAAGUCCUGUCUGCCAUCUCGGAAAACGUCAACCCUGGAGUAGUCGCUACUGUCGGCUCUCUGUCCCGCAAGGCCUCACUCCACGCCCGCGCAAGAUCUCUUGUCAGCUUCGUGCCUGCUUUCAACCCUACCGACACCGAAGAGCAGAACGGUUCAUCAAGGUCACCUCCUCGCAAGGGUCCAUCUUUUACCGACAUCUUUACACCUCGUCGUUCAUCGCUUGCCCCCUCCGAGCCUGAAGAAGAGUCGGAAUACAUCAUGUCUUACAAGUCAUCCUUCACCGCCGGCUCUGGUCGUAUCCCUCAACCACAAGCUCCUGCUCCCAAGCCUAGUAGCCGUAGCUUCUCUUGGUUCGGUUCAACAAAGACUGCUCCUGUCUCCCCUCCAACUCAAGCAGAGGGCACUGUCGGCAUGGAUCUCCUCAACCCCGCCACAUCACUACUCUUCCCAGUCGGCCUACCAUCAGAGAAGACGCCCACCUCCUUCGACGAACUCCUCACCAACGCCGAGUUCCUCAUCAACCGCCUUCAGACCGCCUACAAGGAACAAGCCUCUGCUCUUCAAGCCGCCCGCGCCGAACGGGAAGCACAAAGCGAAGAGACCGAAGAGGCCACAACACGAGCUCAGCACCUCAAACUUCAACUCGAAAAUCUUGCCGCACAAUCCGCCGAACAAGCUGCCACAAAUCGCGCACUGGCCGAAGAAUUGGCAGCAGAAAAACAACGCCGCCAUGAAGACCGCGAACACUUCGAACGCAUGGCCCGUCAAAACGAUCUCACCCCCCGCGGCAAUCGCCACAGUGGGGCUAGCUCUCUACACAGCGACAGCGGAUUCGAGUCAGAAGCCGAUACUGCCGAGUCAUGUUCUCGUCCUCUGACCCCAACAUCACCGCAUCCUCACAAUUACGCAUUGAACAACAAUGAGCGCUGGGGUACCGUCAUGGAACCCAUCAAGGAGGUCCGCCCUGUUUCUAGAGACUCGACCACGGCGAGGAUUCCUGGACGCACUUGUGAGAUUGAUGCCGGAGUAUGGAUGUUUAUGAGGGAUGAGAAGACCAGACUCGAGCGCAGGGUUCAAGAACUCGAGGGUGUGCUUGAUGGAUGCCUCGAUUUGAUCGCAUAG